UCUCCAACAGCAGAGGAGAGGAAGGAUGGAAGAACGACAAACACAACCUAUCAUUCCUCUCUUCUUUUAAUUCCCCUUCUCUCUCUCUCUCUUUCUCUCUCUCUCUCCUCUCACUCUAUCUGUGUCUCUCGCCCUGCCUCUCUCUCUCUCUCUCUCUCUCUCUCUCUACAUCUCUCUGCUGCCGUGGAGAGGAAAAGAGAGAAGACGUUUGUUCUUAGAGAUACUCGAGGAAAACAGGAAAAUAGCUGCUGUCGCUGCUGCUUCUUCUGCUGGAUGUUAACAUGCAGCGCUGCAUGCCUUAAAUAAAACACACACCAACACAGAAAAACACACACACAUUCCACGCUGCUGCAGCCAUGCCAGGAAUACCUGCUGAAUAUCUGCUGCUGCAUGGAACUUGAUGGAUACUGCUUUCACUGAUGGAAACUGACACCGGUGACAGCGACGGAGGAUAAUAAUGAUGGAACGUAGAGUGAUUCGUCCCCAGAUGGAGCCACAGCAUUCCUCAACCGCCCCUCUGCUGCACAGCAUCUCUCCCUAAAGGAUACAUCGACCUUGACAUAUCACAACGUGUAUGACAACCUGGCACGGACCAAACUGAAAGGUUGCCUUGCUUGCCAAGAGUUGGAAGACAACAGGGCCAAAGCUUCGGGGACCGGGCAUCAGCAGAAAUCCACUCUGUCUUGCUGCAGUAACAAAUGAGCUUUUAUUUGUGAAGUUAACAGUGCUAACAGCUGACUCCAUAAGGGCCAAUUACUGGCUCAAGGGAAUCCGGGGCCAAGAUGAAGGAGACAGCAGUUGUGGCUUGUUUGCUGGCUGAGCUUUCUCUGGCUGCUUUUGUCUUGGCCUCUGAGGGGGCUGCUCAUUGCCCUGCAUUGUGUCGAUGUGAGAUACGACCCUGGUUCUCGCCCAGCUCUGUUUACACCGAGGCUGCCACGGUGGACUGUAAUGACUUAGGCCUCUCAGCGCUACCGGAGAGACUCCCCCUAGAAACACAGGUACUGCUAUUACAGACAAACAACAUCGUUAAUGUGGUGAAAACUUUGGAUUACUUGGCCAAUGUUACGGAAAUCAACUUGUCUCAGAAUAACAUUUCCUCUCUGAGCGAUGUUUGUCUGGGGUCGCUCCCUCAGCUGCUGUCACUCCACAUGGAGGAGAACUGGAUUCAGGAGCUUUCUGACAGCUGCCUACCCUCUCUGCCCAACCUCCAGGAGUUCUACAUCAACCACAACCUGAUUUUUUCCAUUAGCUCCGGAGCCUUCCAAGGCCUUGGCAGGCUGCUCAGGCUGCAUCUCAAUUCCAAUCGACUGACAAGCAUCAACAGUCAGUGGUUCCAGACUCUCCCCAACCUGGAGAUAUUGAUGCUGGGAGAAAACCCCCUUCUUGAGUUGACAGACAUGAAUUUUAAACCCCUUACUAACCUCCGUAGCCUCGUGCUUGCCAGGAUAAAUUUGACUGACAUCCCUGACAAUGCUCUGGUUGGUCUGGAGAACCUAGAGAGCAUCUCAUUUUUUGAUAACCUACUCAACCGAGUCCCCCGAGCUGCACUUAUAAGAGUCCGGAACCUUAAGUUUCUAGAUUUAAACAAGAACCCCAUUGAGAGGAUCCAGAGAGGUGACUUCAUGGACAUGAUGCACCUCAAGGAGCUCGGCAUCAACAGUAUGCCUGAGCUUGUAUCCAUUGACAGUUUUGCUCUUAACAACCUGCCUGAGCUGACAAAAAUUGAGGCUACUAAUAAUCCCAAGCUGUCCUACAUCCAUCCCAGGGCCUUUCACAAACUACCCAGGCUAGAGACCCUGAUGUUGAACAGCAAUGCUCUGAGUGCACUCCACCGUAGCACCGUGGAGUCCCUGCCAAACCUGCGGGAGGUCAGCCUGCAUAGCAACCCCAUCCGCUGUGAUUGUGUCAUCCGCUGGGUAAAUAUGAACAGGACUGCCGUUCGCUUCAUGGAGCCUGACUCAUUAUUCUGUGUGGAGCCUCCCGAAUACCAGGGCCAACAUGUUCGUCAGGUGCACUUCAGGGAAAUGACAGAGAUCUGCCUUCCGCUGAUAUCACCAGGGAGCCUCCCAGAUCAAGUUGAGGUUGGUAAAGGGAGCUCAGUGUCGUUGCACUGCAGGGCUUUUGGGGAACCAGAGCCUGAGAUCUACUGGGUCACACCACUGGGUGAUAGGAUCCUUCCUGGGAGUGUUUCUGAUAAGUACUACAUGCACCCUGAGGGAACCUUUGACAUUUAUGAUGCCACAGAAAUAGAAGCUGGCUCUUACACUUGCAUUGCCCACAACCUUGUCGGAGCAGACCUCAAAUCUGUGAUGGUUUCAGUGGACGGUUUCAUUGCUCAACCUUCAAAUCAACCAUUACAUGUAUAUAUCACAUCUGUCCAGUCUCAUUCUGUCAUGGUCUCCUGGGAGAGCACCGGGGGUUUGGUGUCGCAAAUAAAUUGGUCAGUUUUAGCUGACAGUGGCCACCCCUCUAUGCCAUAUAUGGCCAGACUUCCUGCUGAUAUCAAAGAGUACCGCAUCAAGCAGCUGAAGCCGUCCACUCACUAUGAGGUGUGUGUCGAGGUCACUGCUGUGCAGGCUGAAUACAGCAGGGACUGCAUCAAUGUGACUACAAAGGAGGUACCAGUCCCAAGGGAUAAAUCAGAGAACUGGGACAGUCUGGUGAUGGCUACCUGUGCUGCAUUUUUUGUUGUGGUUGCUGUGGCUUGCUCUGUCAUGUAUACAACUCUGUACAGCCAAGUGUUUUACAGGAAACUGACAGCGGACCCAGCUAAAACACUGCUUAUUCCCAGCACCCAUUCCUCUUCUUCUUCUUCUUUCCUGGAAUUUGGUGUGUCUGGGGUCAAGGUGAGGGCAACUGUAAUAGACUUACAGGACAACUCCAUGUAAGAAAUGUCCUUGUCUGUAAAACCACUUUGGGAUUACGGCGAGAUGAAGAGUGAUGGACACUGGACAAUUUAAUUUAUGUGCCCUCUUUUCAUUACUUUCAAUGGGACAUUUUGCACUGGAACUCAGAAGGAUGAUAUAAGAGAAAAUUCAUACACAUUUACAUAACCGGCUAAAAGCAGAGACUAUUUUGUAUCUUAAACCUGUGUCAAUAUAACAAGCUUAAUCAGGCAGAUAUCUUGACUAUAAUCUACAUGGCUAAUGGUCAUUCAUGCAGUGCAACCAGAAUAAAGCACAGCACAUGAACAAUUCUGUCUUAAAUACCUUGUUGGGACGGCUUUGAUGUCUGCAAAAAGCAUUUUCUUUGCUCUGUUACAUUAAGUGGUGAAAAAGCCAGGAUAGUUUAUAAUGGCAGAAAAAAAACUUGUUAGUUUAGUGUACAAUAAAACCAACUAUAAUGUAAACAGUUUUAUGAACAAAUACAUUUUUCAUUAAACCUGUGUGGUGUCUUAUAA